CCCCCCCCCAUCUUAUCUUUUCUGACGUUGUACGGGAUCCCAACUGCUCUGCUGCUCGAUGAACUAGACUUACAACUAGGGAGGGUACUGGAUAGGAUAACAGGUCCAUCUCCCCCCAAGAUUCUGGGACUCAGAAUGCGGAAGCGAGUGAAAAUACCACUUUUUCCUUCCAGGUAACGUUUUCACUUGAAGACAUCAUUUCAGAAGAGCAGCCUUCUGUUCCUUCACGCAGGUGGCCAAGCAAUUUCAGGCAGAUAUGCUUGCAUGGUGGUGGGAGGGGACUGGAGGUCUUCACAGAAUGAGGUUCACAUACCAUCUUACUGAGUCCUCACCUGGGAAUGAACUCAUUUCCUAAAUCACUCCUAGAGGCUUUUACCCGUGCCCCAGGUCACCCCGCAUGUGUGCUGGGGCAACGUCGGAACCUAGGUUUUCUGAUUUCCGCACUGCUCUGUUCUAGGACUCACUGUCACUCUCCUCAAGUCUUCAAAUCCUACCACCUAGGAGUUUUCCCCAUGAACAGGGCCAGCCACCCAGACUGCAGGUGGGAAAGAUACUAAAGUUCAAAUGGAAAAUUAUCAAGAUUUAGGACUGCUCUUAGAAAAGUUACUGUUUAGAGUGUAACAAAUACCACUGUUUUGUGAGUUUCUGAGGUGGGGCGUGGGGAGGCAGGAAAGAGAGAGAAGGAGGGGAGGGAGAUGUUAGCUGAUGAGGAACAGCAGGAAGCAGAUCACUUUUGCAGCCUGACUCUUGUAGAUCUCCUUUUCGAUGUGUGUGACCAUCUACCCUGAGUGCAGAUACUUUUCAGAGUUCUGUUUUUCUUUCACAUGAAAGUUGCCAGCAUGGAACAGAUGCCUUUAUUUGGAGAAACCAGUCUUUGGAAGUAAUUGGUUCUCUCUCCUUUUAUCCCCCAGAGAUGAUCUUCCACAGAUGAAAUUAGAUGGGUAAAAAAAAAAAAUUUUUAAUCAAAAAUAUUAGUUUGUGGUUAUUUUUUAUUUUUCACUGUAAAAUGUUUUAGGACCUGCGGUUUAAUUCCACAUUUUUUGGAACUGUUGACUGAUCAUAAAUAUUUUUAUCACUAUUCGUACAGUAGUGACUUUCAGAAAGGAAAACUUAUGGUCGAACUAGAUCAUUUUUGAGUAGUGACCUAAUGCUUUUAUUUUAAUGCUUGAAACCAUCGUAUUAAAAUAGGUAACACCAGCUUUCUACUAUCAAAUGAUGGGAUCUGAGCACAUGAGAUAAAACAGUGCUUGCACUAGGGAGGCCAAGAUAGGCACUUUCUAGUAUUCUCUCUCACCUUCGUAUCAUCCUGGUAAGUUAGAUAUUACUAUCCCACUUUAGAGAUUUACAUCUGAAGCUUGGAGAGGUUAAGUGACACGUUCAAGGUCAAAUAGCGGAUAAGUGUAAAAGCUGGGAGUCCAGGCCACCAGAGCACGCAUGCAAUGGGCUUCAAAGUGGUCAGCGUGUGUAGGCCACAGUCAUUUUAGGAUAUUUUGUUUUAUUGAAAAUGAAAUUAGAUCUGUAACACAGGAGAUAUUUGAGAGCUUCCUGGUAUUUAAAAUUGCCUUGCUCGUUAACUUGUGGGUCAUCCUACAUUGUCGAUUUGACUAAAAAUAAUCAUAGCUGGGGUGCCUGGGUGGCUCAGCCGGUUAAGCGGCCAACUUCAGCUCAGGUCACGAUGUCGCAGUUUGUGAGUUCGAGCCCCGAGUCAGGCUCUGUGCUGACAGCUUGGAGCCUAGAGCCUGCUUUGGAUUCUGUAUCUCCCUCUCUGCCACUCCCCCUCUCAUACUCUGCAUCUGUCUCUCAAAGUAAGUAAAAGUUAAAAAAAAAUAAAAAAAAAUAAAAAAUAAAUCAUAACUUAGUCUCCUGCCUUCUGGUUAAUAUAUGUUGUAAAAUAAUAUUUGAAGGAUUUAAAAAUAAUCCUUUAUCACAAUAUAAGAAAAAGGGCUUGAAGAUAGACGAGAUAGUAUUUGAUCAUCAUUUAUUCCUUUGCUCACUCAGCCGAUGCUGAGUGAACACUUUCUGUGAGCCAGGCACUGUGCUAGGCGCUGGGUAUGAAGACUGGAGUAAAUACAGCCCCCUUCCCUCAUGGCCCUUGCGAUAGAAUGAGUAAAGUCCAUCAGGGUGGGUUUGAAGGCAUAAAGAGAGAGAAUAAGGUGAGAUCUCUUUCUAGUAGCAGGAAACUCAGUUGGGAAACACAGUUGGGAGCUAAGUCUGUGUGUAAAAACUGCUAGAGUGCAUUUACUCCUAGAGCUUGUAUGGACUUAGGCUGAAGUUCUUAAUCAUGGUGUCCUACUGCUCUCAGUGUGUGGCCUCACAGCCCAGGAUGCCCUGGGUGAUUCCCAUCUAGGCCUAUGUACGUGCAGUACUGGUGGGAAUGGGCUCAGGUGAACGAUGGCAGGCAAAGGUUGCCCAGCCAAUAUGGAUCAUAAAUGCCCUUACGGUUAAAGGAGAGAAGGUGAUCAUAGGUCCAGGAGUGGUCAGGGAAAGGUUGAUGAAGGCCACAGGAAUUGAAUUGGGCUUUAUAGCAUUUCACUAGGGGGAUUUCAUUUGUUUCAUUCUUUUUAUUUGGGCUACUGCUAUGUGCCAAGUACAGUUUUAAGUAUGGGAGAAAGAGCAAUGAGCAAAACACACAAGACCACCGCUUUCCGAGAGCUUAUAGUUUGGAAUGGGGGAGGGAGACAAGUAAUAAAGAUGUUAAUAAAAUUAUUCCACAUAGUGUUAAAUGCAAUGAUGGCAACUAAAAAUCAGGGUCGGAGAGGAUAAUGAGGGUGCUGGUGGUAUUGUUGAGACUUUAUUUUGGGUGGUUGGAAAAUCAUCUCUGAGAAGGUUGUACUUGAAUGAAACCUUAGUCUUUGAAGGAGCCGGGCAUAUGCAACAAUCUCUGGAAUGAGGCCUGAGGUCGAUGGACAAAGCCAUAAAGAUGAGACAAUGGAUUAUAUGGGGGGGGGGUUACCCCACAAAGAGCUCCACCCUUACAGGGCAUGGUCGGAACAGGGGCUGAAAGGUGUAGGGUUAGUGCCAAAUUAUGGAGGGUCUUGAGUAGCAGAAUGGCACAAGACUAAGGACUAUGUUUUUCUACAUGUGUCUCAGGGGAUGAGUAGUUAGGACAGAGGAGGAGAAUCUGCAUGAGUUUGUCAUGGAAGCUUAAGGAAAGCUGGUGCUGUGAUGAACGACACUCAAAUAACAUAAUGUCCCAAUCACUUCCUGUUGGACACUGAGCGUCGUCCUGAAGUGCAGCAUGCACGGUGCUUGGUUGACCACUUCAGAUUAGGGGGUUAUAGGAGGAUUUGUCCUGCAAAUGAGAUCAUGGAGGCUUUGACAAAGGUAAGCUCCCAUCCAGUGUCAGGGACUGUACUUAUUAAGGUGAUAAUUAAGUCAGAUAUGAUAGAACAGGUUCCUUUUGUGAUAAUUCCCCUUGGAAUACAAAACUAAUGGUGUUUUUAUUAAUGCGAACGGACGGUCUUUAUUAUUAUAAAAUCUUUUUAUGAAAGGAAAGAGAAAAGUUAAGGUCUGACUCAAGCCAGGUUGAUAGAGAAGUGUGUUUAAAAAGGUUCAUUUGUGGAAUAACUAUACACAUAUUAUUUACUAAAGGAAAAAUUACCCCAAACGUUGAUACAAUUCUCUAGAGAAAUGUAUUUAGGCAGUGAAGGGAUUCCUGGCAGUGACUGAGAAGCACCGUAAUGGAGAACUGCACUUGGUCUCUUUUGAGGUUGAUUCUGAUGUGUUGUAGUCUUUACAUCCUAUUAAAUUUUUGAAAGAUAAACUGAUACAAGAAUGAUUUGCCAAAGCUAGCAACUCUUCCUUUUAAAACCUUGGCUCGGUGUACACUCCGAAGGGAUGGGGGAGUAAGAUAAAAGCAUUAUAAAUAUGAGGUUAACUGAAUUCAAAUAGAAGGUUCUCUCAAGUUAUUGCAUUCCUUAGAAAAUAAAUACAUUGCGCAUAUGGUUAAGAUUGAUCAAAAAAGUAUUCUGUAUGCCAGUGAUUACAUUCCCAUCUGUGAUUAAGGUUUUCUGUCUGCAUCUGGUUUUCGCAUUAUAUUUCUGUAACAAGAAUCCUUUAUAUAGCAGAGUUCACUUUCUGUAUUUUCUAUUAGCUCCAGCUUGAACUACUGCACGGAUCGUAGAUUUACACAUGUGGUUUUCAUUACUUCAUACCAUUGAGAAAAAGUAAUAUUUGUUUGGGAAUGUAUGUUUUCCACAAUUUCCAUGGUAAUACAACAUGUUGAGCCUUUUUAAUAACACUCUUGUAGAACUACAAAUUGUUUGAGGCAUUCUACUCUUGGUGGAGCUUAGCUUUUAAACUUUUCUCAGUGUAUGUUCCCCUCAUAAUGAUGUAUAACAAAUUUGAAAGCUGAGGAUCUGAACAAAGCAACGGUUAAAGAUAAAGAAAUUUUCCUCUGAUUCGCAGGUGAUACAGUCUUUAGUGUGGCAUAUGUAUCACAGAUAUCUGGAUGUAUAUUUCAUCAUGUUCAGUGCCAUUACUUAUAUUAUUAUUUCAUUUUGGAAGACCAUUUAAUGUGUUGGAUGCAUAAAGCACGAACAUAAUAUUCCAAAGUCAUUAUUUUUAAAAAUUUAAACAUUAGCUUUUUAAAAAAAAUUAUUCUGUUGAUUUGGAUACAGUGUUUCAUAUGGAAACUAGUUUAGUGGGGAAAAUCCUCAUGGGUAACUUUAGGUAUACGCUGUAUAUUAUUUGAAUGUGUAUUUCUAUGCCAUGUUAACAUUUGAGAAUUUAUAAACAUGCUGCACAUUUAAAGUAUUUUGUAACACUAUCUUCCUGCCAACUUUCCUCCAUUCACUUUAGAAUACUCUGACUAAAAUAGACACAAGCUAAAAAGUGACACAGUAUAUUCUACCUAGGGGAAGGGGAAUCAUUUGUGACUCAGAAAUGAUCUUUUAAAGAAAGUGUGUCCACACAGUAAUCUUAUGUGCCUCAACACUGAGAUCUACAACACCAUUUUUGUUAAUAAACGUAGACAUCACUAUUUAGCAGUCACAAGAAGGAAGAAAUAGACUCAGACUCCAGAGGGUUUAUAGGUGCUUUGCCUCUUUCAUUUGUCCAGUGGAGAUUAUGAACUAUGGCCCACACAGGUACAAUCCACUCUUAUCAGUUCCUCUGAUGACUUUAGUCAGUGUUUGCUGAAGCACAAAAUGUUAUAAAAUAUCAACAUCAUGAUUGAAUCUAAGAAAAGUGGCCAUUUUCUUCUCUUCCCCCAUAAUGUUUGUUUAAUCUCUAUUUAUAAAAUAUUCUUACCUUAGUAUGGAAACAUUGGAAAUAGGAUUGGGUAGAAACUUACCCAUAUCUCCAUCUUCUAGGAACAUUUAUUUAACAUCUAGAUGUGUUUACUUCCAGUCUCCCCUCCUUGCACCCCAUUCCACCCCCGGAAUGGGACCGUUUACAUAUGCGUACAUGUAUCUAUGUAUUCCAGUCAUUUUGUUAUUGAAAAUUUUGCUUUAUGAUUUGUUAGGUUGGGUAAGCUAAAUGUUCCCAAGUAUCGGCUGGGUGUUUUUACUGAUCUUUGCUGAGUCUCCAGGCAAUUUUCAACGAAGAAAUACCUAAUACUGUAAUUUUCCUGAAUGUUAUUUAAUUUUUACCAUAAGGAAUAAAAAACAACUGAUUGCAUGAUAGAGUCAUAAUGUCACCUAUCAAGGGUAUUGAUUGUUUUUAAUGAAAUCUGCUUGUUUAUAUACAUCAGAUUAUAUUCACCAGUUUUAAUUACUAGGGAGUACUUUUGUUUCUUAAAAAAAUAAUAGCAAUGGCCUUAGUAAUACUUUUUGAGACUGCUUUUAUAAAUCUUUAUUCCUUUGCAUUUACUGAGUUCCUCCCUUUUGUGCAUAUGAUUGUGCUUGAGUUAUAUAGUUCAUAAAUUAUAAGAAUUAAAGAGCGAUACUUUUUUCUACACAUAGUGGCUGUAGUAAGAAUGGGCGAGUAAUAGGCAGUCAAUAAGUAUUUGAGAAUGGAUGAAUGAAUGAAUUCUAAAGCUGCCAAAUCUAGCUGGAAAAAUGAGAGAAUUUUGAUUACUUUAGAGAAAAAAAAGUAGUAGAAGUCGGUUGAUUUGGUAAAGUGGUUCACCAAUAAUUGUUGUUACUAAUAUUUUAAAACUACACAGGUUACUUGUGAUUAUUAUCAGUUGUUUAAAACUAUUUGAGCAAAUAAUAGCAGUGUUUAAAUUUCAGAGCAGUGAAACAACGUGGACACCACUUUGUUUUGAAAUAGAAUUUCAUUUGCAUGUACUAUUCUAUAAAAUAAAAUAAACACGUAAUGUUUCAAAACAUUUUCUAAAGAAACCAUGAUCAAUGACAAAUUAUUUAAUAUUUUAUUGAACAAGGUAAAAAUCUAACACAUUGUUUUAAGGUAUUGAUGUACAUAUGUUUUAAACCAGUCAAAGGAAGAGGAGUUGCCAGGUUGAGAAGGCAUCCAGCUUUGAGUCAGAUGACUGGAGUUUUAAGAGUCUCUUAGAGCAUGUCAUUACAGGAACUGAGAAAAUGGAACUUGUUUUUGGACACUUCUAAAAUUUAGAAGAGCUUGUAUCUGUUUCUUAAUACGAACAAAACAAAACUGGUGUGUAGUAUUAUCGUUUAAGUGGACGGGUGUGAUACUUCAGACUGGUUGUGAUAUAUGCGUUUUUUUUCCCCUUUGUUGUCGUCAAUAGAAAAGAUUGAUCUCUGGGCUGGUGAACAUAAUAUCUGUCCCAGUCCGAAAAGGAGAGAGGAAAUUAGCAGAGCGAUUGGUGGAGAAUGAUAUCUGUCAAAAGAAACACUUGGAGAGCACUGAGUUUAGUAAUAGGUGACUGCCGGAAAAAAGGGAACUUUGAAUAUUGUCAAGAUCGGACUGAGAAGCACUCCACGAUGCCAGACUCACCUGUGGAUGUGAAGACCCCAUCUAGGCUGACUCCUCCCACCAUGCCACCUCCCCCUACAACUCAAGGAGCUCCGAGAACCAGUUCAUUUACACCGACGACGUUAACCAAUGGCACGAGCCAUUCACCCACAGCCUUGAAUGGCGCCCCCUCGCCGCCCAAUGGCUUUAGCAAUGGGCCUUCCUCCUCUUCCUCUUCUUCUCUGGCUAAUCAACAGCUGCCCCCAGCCUGUGGCGCCAGGCAACUCAGUAAGCUGAAACGGUUCCUUACUACCCUGCAGCAGUUUGGCAAUGACAUUUCUCCAGAGAUAGGAGAGAGAGUCCGCACGCUCGUACUAGGACUGGUGAACUCUACUUUGACAAUUGAAGAAUUUCAUUCCAAACUGCAAGAAGCUACUAACUUCCCACUGCGACCUUUUGUCAUCCCAUUUCUGAAGGCCAACUUGCCCCUGCUGCAGCGCGAGCUCCUCCACUGCGCAAGGCUGGCCAAACAGAACCCUGCCCAGUACCUCGCCCAGCAUGAACAGCUGCUUCUGGAUGCCAGCACCACCUCACCUGUUGACUCCUCAGAGCUGCUUCUCGAUGUGAACGAAAACGGGAAGAGGCGAACUCCAGACAGAACCAAAGAAAAUGGCUUUGACAGAGAGCCUUUGCACUCAGAACAUCCAAGCAAGCGACCAUGCACUAUUAGCCCAGGCCAGCGGUACAGUCCAAAUAACGGCUUGUCCUACCAGCCCAAUGGCCUGCCUCACCCCACCCCACCUCCACCUCAGCAUUACCGUUUGGAUGAUAUGGCCAUUGCCCACCACUACAGGGACUCCUAUCGACACCCCAGCCACAGGGACCUCAGGGACAGAAACAGACCUAUGGAUGCGCAUCGGGAAUUCCUUCACAGGCCUGCUUCUGGAUACGUGCCAGAGGAGAUCUGGAAGAAAGCUGAGGAGGCGGUCAACGAGGUGAAGCGCCAGGCGAUGACCGAGCUGCAGAAGGCCGUGUCUGAGGCGGAGCGGAAAGCCCACGACAUGAUCACGACCGAGCGCGCCAAGAUGGAGCGCACGGUGGCUGAGGCCAAGCGGCAGGCGGCGGAGGACGCGCUGGCCGUCAUCAAUCAGCAGGAGGAUUCGAGCGAGAGUUGCUGGAAUUGCGGCCGCAAGGCGAGCGAGACCUGCAGCGGCUGUAACACGGCCCGGUACUGUGGCUCCUUCUGCCAGCACAAAGACUGGGAGAAACACCACCACAUCUGUGGACAGACCCUGCAGGCCCAGCAGCAGGGGGACACGCCUGCGGUCAGCUCCUCCGUCACGCCCAACAGCGGGGCCGGGAGCCCCAUGGACACACCACCAGCAGCCACCCCGAGGUCGACCACCCCGGGGACCCCUUCUACCAUAGAGACAACCCCUCGCUAGACGGGAGCUCAGAACUGUCAGAGGAACGACAACCCAACCGACAUGAAACCAAUUCUUCAUCCUCAGACGCUCAACGUGGUUUUUUUUUUUUUUUUGGUUUGUUUCUAGAUGAACUAUCCUAUUUCAGUCCUUCAGCAAGAGAGAACCUAACUGUAUCUUGAGGCAGUAGUAAAACAGAGGGCCAGUAA